AUGAUCGGAGACGAAGCUUUCUCACUGAUCGACAAACACUUCUACGCCGGCGGCCAAGUCGACAGCCGCCACAAAACCCAUCAGUACCGCCGCACUUACCAUUAUGCAUCACAGUACCAAAACCAGCAGCAGAAGGAGCAGCAGCCCUGCGUUUACUACGGGCCGAGGACUGCGACGGUGACGGUAAAGGUGCCGGCGGCGACGGAGGCGACGCGGUACUACUACGGCGGGAGCAUUAAUCAACCGGCUGCCAGCAGCUGGGAGGAGCAGCAGCCGCCGGUGAUGACGUGUGACGAGGCGGCCCAGAAGUUUGGUGGGCUCGUGAUUGCGGAUCACGGAGCAAGGAGCAGGAAGCGUUCUUCUCAGUUGGGCUUUUAA